AUGAUUGAGACAGUGAUAAGCGAACGAGUUUCUAGCAGCAUUGCAGAAGCAGGCGAAGAGAAAAUCAUGUCACAUUUCCCCUUUCGAGGCUCGCCUUCCGCUCAGAGUACAACGCCGACCGUUCCGUCUGCACCCUCAUCCCCACCUACGGCACCGGUAGCAAUGGCGGUGACGACGACAGUGCCUCCCAGCGCACGUAGCUCCUCACCCUGCUCGGCGACGUCGGGUGGUCCGCCGACUUCUGCCCCGGCCGGGGGACGCUGCUGCGAUACGGGGCGACCCAUCUUCACCGAUCCCAUCUCCGGUCAGACCGUGUGCUCCUGCCAGUACGAUCUCAUCAACUACCAGCGGCUGGCCAGUGCAGGUAUUGCCGGCCCCGGCGGAGUCCCUUUAUCGAUGUACAGUGCACCGUACUCUCCGGAAACGAUGGCAGCCUACUUCCCGGCCAUCGGAGCCGACCAGCCUCCGUUCUAUGCAAAUCCAGCAGCGGCGGGAAUCGACUUGAAGGAAAACAUAGCAGCAGGUGGCGCACCAUGGCCUUACCCUUCCGUGUAUCAUCCAUACGAUGCCGCUUUCGGCUAUCCGUUCAAUUCGUACGGCAUGGAUUUGAAUGGUGCCCGACGAAAAAACGCAACUCGCGAAACGACAAGCACACUAAAGGCCUGGCUCAACGAGCACAAAAAAAAUCCCUACCCAACCAAAGGCGAAAAGAUCAUGCUGGCUAUCAUAACGAAGAUGACCCUCACGCAGGUGUCGACGUGGUUCGCGAACGCGAGGCGGCGACUGAAAAAGGAAAACAAGAUGACGUGGGAGCCACGGAACCGCGUCGAAGACGAUGACGUCAACCUGGACGAUGACGACGACGACAACAAGAGCUUAAAGGACGACAAAGAAAUACUAGACUCCAAAGAUUCCGGCACCGGUUCGAGUGAAGACGGUGACAGGCCGUCACGGUUAGAUCUGCUUGACCGUCCGGGCGGUAGUGAGUGGAACGGUUCGCGUAACGGAAGUGGCCCCAACUCGCCGGAUAUCUACGACCGGCCCGGUGUGGGCCACCAUCCACUGCUCCACCCAUCGCACUUCCCCGCACACCUGAGGCCUGCCAUCGCGACCCCACCGGACGUGACCCUGACGCCGAGCGGCAGCACAAUCCCGAGCAAACCGCGCAUCUGGUCACUGGCCGACAUGGCCAGCAAAGAGAACAAGGACUCCGAGUCAAUCUCACCGACAGCUGGCUGCUACCCGUCGCCCGGCAAGAUACCUGUGACGCCGCUGGCCGGCCGUGGGCUUAACCCGCUGCACCAUCACCCGUACAUGCGGCCCGACUUUUACAGGAACCUCUACGGCCACCAUCUGGGGCCCGGUUCGCCGGAAGUGUCCUUGCUCGAAUCGUACCAACGAACGUUCGGGGCCACCAUCGGUGCCCACAACGGGCUCCCCGUCGGUAUGAACCCACUAAUAUCGAAAGCCUCCGGUAGUGCGCCCCCCUUCGCGCCACUCAGUCUUACCACCGGGAACCAUCAGCACCUGCAGACUGCUCCACCGCCCGGAGCGUCGCCUGCAUCCAGUACCUCCAGCAACGGGCCGGAAAACUUGACUCCGGUAUCCUUAGGCACCUCGUUCCCAGCGGCCACGGGCACUAGCGAAAAGUUAAUCAACGUAGUGGCAAACAGCUCUAAACCUUGACCGAUGGCGAUCAAGUGAAUGUAAGGAGCAUCGAGACCACCACACCCAAGAUAACCAGACAGUAGACAGUGUAGUCGUUUAGUGUAAAAUCGGAGGAACACUGCUCGUAGUGGGAAAAGGGACGAAAUCCUCAUUUUCAUCUGCGAUAGCCACCGUCGUAGACCGAACAAAACGAACCGAAUCAUUAAAUGGAAUUGGACAAUAAUGAAUGUGAUUGACUUUCAAUCUACUCUACCAAAAAUACAAAACAAACCCUUGAAAAUACAAAGAUGCAGAAGAAAAUGCGGUAUCCCACGAUAGAUAAAAGAAAAACUCAGAAUAUAAAGCAGUUCAAACGGAUUAAAACAGGAAACAGGACAGAAUAUCAGCUGCAGUGUUCUGAGCGGCAGGGAAAGCACUUCCUCUGGCGGUAAAGUGGCGAAAAUGGGAAUCCUUUACUGUGCUUUUUUUCUUCCUAUUUCAAUGUUUUAUAGAUUGUGUGCUGUGAUGCACCGGUUUGGGUUUUAGAUGACACGUUUCCAGCGGCGGUAAGCGUUACUCUACUCGUUUUGCACUUUUGUAGCAUUUUCACGCGAAAUGGCUUAGAGUGAUUAUUAUGAUUGUGAUUAUUCACGUUAUUCAACGCCAAACCGGUGUUACCGUUUUCAGAAGCGUAUAAAUGUGAUUGAACAAAUUGCAAACAUACUCAAAUUAUGAUCGGAAUCAUUUCUGCAGGUGUGCUGAAUCCCACUCCAUCUGAGCAAUUUCAAUAACACCCGUCUUUAGUUUGGAUAAUUACAUUCUAUUCGGUUCGGUUUUGACGCUCAACCCUUGGAUAAUUUGUAUUCUUAUCGAACGGUUAUGCAAAUCUCAUAAACAACUAAAUUCGAGGAAGCAGCAUUUCAACAAAAUUAGUUGCCGCAAACCUAAGCAUGGAAAAAACAAUCAACAUAAGGUACCACAUGAUUCAAUUUUUCUUCCUGUCUUUCAAUUGAGAACACACACCACCCAGAGUCGUGAAAGGAGCAGAUCGAGCAUCUAGUGUAUGUGAUAUUAAAUUGUAUUGAAUAUUAUUUUAUAAGAAUAUUUUGUAAGAUUGGUAGAAGUUUCUGGUAGCGUGUUGAUGCUCGCAAUUUCGCUGCAGUAAAUAAAACAAAAACAGACAUG